AUGAUCCGUAGCAACUCCGACAUGGAUGUCCACCUCCCCGACGCUGCUCCGUCUAGUACGGGCGAUUCUUCGAAUGAAACAGAUAUUGAAAUGCUAUCUGACGAACCGACUAUACCGCUGACCUUACCGGCACAUAUUGCCGCCCGCUUCUACCGGAAGCCCAGUGUCGCGAGGCGCUCUUCCGUUGCUUCAUCCCGUCGGAACUCAGUCUCUUCCCUGCAUUCGAAUCACUCGAGCAGCUCGUCAAAUGGGUCAUUACACCCGGACCAUAUCGCACAACAUCUGCGGCGGGUGUCCAUCCUGGAGAGCCGUAAAGCGAGACUUGCCGAUCGGGCAUUGCAUGCGGAGAAGGUAAGACUGCGCGCUGCACUUGCAAAGGCUAGCACCAGGAACCUGCAGAGAGAAGAAAGAGCGUUAGCCGCACAGCAGGCUCGCGAGAGGCUUCUGGCGGAGAUCACCGCUAAAUGUGAGGAAGAAGUGAGACGUGCUAAGAAGAAGGCUGAAGACAACAAGGAAAGGAAGGCUGCGGAACAUGCCCGGCUUCGCUUGGAGAUGGCAGAGAAGUUUGCAGGGGCCGAAAGAAGACGGCUACUCUAUCAGCAGAAUUACAGACGGUACCGCAGGAGCAGCCUGCCAGUCUCGGAGGAGAAGAAGAUGACGACAACUGUUACCUGUCCACUCACCAGGGAUGCUGCUGCACGAAAGAUCCAGCGAGCUUGGAGGAGCCAUCAUACAAUGGUCAUUUUGCGCCAAUUUCGGCUUCUGAAUAUUACUAUUGAACGCAUACGUGCCAUGUCUUUUGACGAGGUGGGCGCUUUACUUUCUUCAGAAACAGUGCUGAAUACCAUGGCCAAGGUCCUCCGACUAUGCGGGUUACAGGAUAUGGAGAGUGGUACAGUCGGCGAGCGAGGAGCAGUACGCACUUUUCUCAGCAGCUUCAUGAUUGUGACGCAUCCUGCCGACGUACUCAGCACCCACGGAGAACAGGAACAGGAUCUGAUCUCGAAAUCCGGGGAAUUGCUGGCAGCUUUUGAGCAGUUUAUUUCCAUGCUUUCUUCAGGAUGUUUGUCGUCUGCUAUUCCUUCAGAGAUCCAGUCGCUGUGUGAAUCCUAUAAUGUUUUCUUCUCUGCUUUCCAUGCAUGGAAGGCACAUGACUCGACGGUUUUGGUCGAGAUCAUGCUCGCUCAAUUUAUAGAAUUGGAAUUGAUAUGGCAAACAGUCAAAGAUGAUCACGAUGGUGGUGUCGCGGACGAUUACCGGGAAGGUAUUAGGCAGAAUCAGAUCUUGCUUUUGGCUAGACUGAAGCGCCUUGCGGGUUCUGAGAAGGCGAUGCAAAUGGCUAGGGAUGCUCUUAAGAAGGCGAAACGAGAGAGGAGACAUGCAGCUUCCAAGCAAGCUAUUCCGCGGUCUGCGGAAGUCGCAACUUCGACGACCGAUGUUCUCACGGAUAGUGUCACUUCACCCAUCAGCGAGACAUUUAGCAGCAUUGACAGCACAGUCCUUCGAGAGCUUGAUCAGCAAAGAAUCUCCCCCCAUGAGAGAUUCACUAAGAUGCUCACCACUCUACCAGACAAUCGGACCUUGGUGCACGAACUCCUUAUCAACAAAGAGUUCAAGAUUGAUGAGACGCAGUACACGGAGCCCCGAAAGCAGAUCAUGCAACACAUGUGCGAUAUGAUGAGAAAGGACGUCGAAGCAGGACUGGGCAUGAAUUGGACAGUAGCUAUGGCUACUGUGAUUCAGGAUCGACUAUUGCGCUCGCUACGUCCAGGUAAUUCUCUCCAUGUACUGAUCAGUGAAGUUCUAGAUCCGAAACUCGUUGAAAAUCAGUGCAAAGCUGGCACAUUUUCAUAUGAUAGUUUUUUUGAUUUUAUGAAUAUCAUUCUGCCCAAACUCUGCGCCCCGUAUCGAGAUCCGGAAGUCAGGGCAUUCGCCCAAGACCGGUCAGGGGACGCAAUUGAUCGUCUGGCAAGGUUGAUGCGAAUCAUUGAUUUGCUAUCUUUAGACCACACAAACUUCUUGAUCAGUGUGGCGGCACCCCAGCUAAUUCAGGAAGCACCGGGAUACGAGCAACGGACGUUCGAUAGGGGCUUACAAGAUGGGACGAUAGCACUAGGGAAGACUAGACAGUUCUUGCGGACUCAUCGAAGACUGAUAGUGGAUGAGAUGAAGAAACGCGAUCCGGAGAAUGUGAAUGGCGAGCCGCGGCCAUCGGCGUCAAGAACCUAUGCUCAGGGUCUCGUCGAUCUCGUUCUGAGCAAUGCUCCUGUCUCAGAUGAAAUCGUUCCUGAGACUUUAGAACUUGAUCGCCGGCGACUGGAGAAGUUACACGCAAAGGCUUUCAGAAUUGUAGCCACGGCGUCCAUUUUACUGACGGCCAAGAACCUACUCAAACGGGACGUUCGGGCGCAGUGGAAGUCGGAAGCUGACAGAUUACUCUCUCUGGACUUUAUUGAAAUUCAGCCAGAUCGAGUUCAGUCCAUCCUUGAGUUAAUACAUCCGAUGCCUUCAACUGCUAGUGCACAGCUCUCCGGGACUAUCAGGAGAGUUCUUGCACCGGUUGCGACAGCCUGUACUGUGGCUUCUCUGUCGGCGAUGUCCGAUACCUCUGUUGAGGUCUGUUGUGAUGCGGCUUCCUGCGACUCAUCAUCUGCUGAGGGGCCAAACCUCUCUCCUUCAAAUACUACUGGAACCGGAGCGGCUGCCGUGUGCUUUGGCGAUCCUGUUGCGCGGCUUAUUCUUUCGCGUUUGCGCUCCCAUGUCCUCUCCCGUCUAAGUGCUUCGAGUGCCAGUGAAAGGGUGCGAGCUACCACGACGGCUAGUCAAAGCUUGGCUGGAGCCGGAAUGCCCGAAUUUGUUGGCGAGGUGGGCAAGUUAGUUGAGGAGCUGGAGAAAGUCCGAGAGGUUGAUUGGGCUUGCCAUAGCACAGUCUAUGAACGUAUAUGGGCUGAAGAUAUCUCUCCUAUUCAGGGAUAA